AUGCUUUCAUCAACGUUUCGUUUUCUAACACGAACAUCAACGUUCAUACGACCGAUGAUGACCACUCUUGCUCGUCGUUCACUCUCCUUCAAGCCAACUCUUGUCAAUCUCAAUGACAAACAUCGUCAAUCAGCAAUGAUCAUCAACCAUAUUCCAGUUCGUCAAUCACAUGUUCAUUACACCUAUCCCAUGAUCGAAAGUCGUGUCAUGCUUGUCUUACGCUUAUUCGAUAAGAUCGAUGGCAAUGCUUUACAAUUGGAUUCAAAGUUUGUCCAAGAUCUUGGUCUUGAUUCGCUGGAUAUUGUAGAGAUUACAGCAGCAUUAGAAGAUGAAUUCUGGACGGAAAUUCCUGAUGUGGACUCGGAUCAUUUUCUCACACCUCGUCAUAUCAUUCAGUAUUUGUGUGACAAAUAUGAUGUUUAUGAGCAUGUGGAACCCAUUUCAGCUGGAAAAGAAUACAUGGAAGAAGCGAAAGCAGCAGAUGAACGAGCACAUCAUCACUAG